AAUACAACUGAUUAGUUAGCAAGAAAAUGCGGGAGAGCCUUUCAUGACAUUUGGAAGUUAAUACGGCAGCGGAAAGAAGAUGGCGCUCUCAAACAAUUCAUUCACGAACACCUACAAUCAUCUGUUUGUUGAAUUAGCUGAUCCUCGAACAAAUGAUUGGUUCCUCAUCAAGAGUCCGUUUCCGGGACUCACUAUCAUAGGACUGUACCUGUAUUUCACUCUAAAAUGGGGUCCACGUUAUAUGGCCGACAAGAAACCUUACCAACUACAAAAGACGUUGGUGGUCUACAAUUUCAUUCAAGUUUUGGUCAGCUGCUGGUUGUUUUACGAGGGCCUCGACGCUGGUUGGUUGAGGACUUACAGUUGGAAAUGUCAACCAGUCGAUUUUUCGACAACACCUGAAGCAUUACGGGUAGCGCGAGGUGUUUACAUUUAUUUCUUAGCGAAAAUGUCUGAACUACUCGACACGGUGUUCUUCGUUAUACGAAAGAAAGAACGCCAAAUCACCUUCCUGCAUAUGUACCAUCACACCGUGAUGCCCAUGAUAUCAUGGGGAGCGACGAAGUACUACCCCGGUGGUCACGGAACUCUGAUAGGAGUCAUUAAUUCCUUCGUACAUAUCGUCAUGUACGCUUAUUACAUGCUGGCAGCGAUGGGGCCACAAUAUCAGAAAUUCCUGUUUUGGAAGAAAUACAUUACUACCCUACAAAUGUUGCAGUUCUGCAUCGCUUUCAUUCACUCCUCUCAACUCCUCUUCUACGACUGCGGUUACCCUCGCUGGUCUGUCGUCUUCACCCUACCUAACUCUAUCUUCUUCUACUAUCUCUUCUAUGACUUCUAUUACAAGGCGUAUGGUAAGCCAGGGGAUAAGAAAAAGGAGAAAGACAACAACAAAGCUAUUAGCGAACAUAGCAAAUCGAAUGGUAUCGCGAACGGCGUUAAAUCGGAAAAUGGAAAAACAAAUGGGAUUCGCAAUGAAGGAAAGAAAAUUGACUAAAAUCAAGGGUACCGGUUCAUCAUGUAAAUAUGUUAGUUCGUGUAGAUUUUUUUUUUUACAUUAAAAUGUACAUUAAUUUUAAGUACGUACUAAACGUAAUAGUUAAAUAUUAAAUUCUGCGAAGCUGUUAAAUAAAAUGCCACACCAAAAAUGAUUGUGAAUCAUAUUGAAUUUACUAAAAUGUGACGAAAUAUGACGUUAAUAUUGUAAGACCAUGAAUAGUUUAAAAGAAAAUCUAACUUAUGUUUUAACAUAUAGAGUAUAAGAUAAGAAGUAAUAUUUAUACUUCUGAGAAGAGCUAAAAUGGUCACACAAUCCAUGUGAUAUUCUUAUAUUCAAAUAUUUCGGUGAUAGUCAUUAACUUUGUUACCAAUUUGAAGGAUCAAGGGUUUUCGAACAUGAAUUAAUUAUUAUUGAACAUGUUCUAUAGUUUUGAAGACUAUGAUUUAUGUUCGAUAGGCUUUUUUAUCUUUGGUCAUAUUUACCAAUAAUUAAAUUAAGCCAUAUAGGAUAAAGUUGAGACAGAAAAAUAUUUAUCAGUAAUAUUAUCGAUAAAUGAUUUUCUGUUACAAACUUAAAUUAAAUUUAAAUGAUUCUAGCAUUAGUUUUGUAUAUACGAUAGUUUUAAAGAUUAUGUAUUAUGCGUAUAUAUCUUUAUGUCUUUUUUUUAUUUCAUGUUACUUUGUUGCUACAUAAUACAUGAGAUAACUUUUUGUGAUAUUAUAAUUAAUUAAAACUGAAUAACAAACAAUUUAUAACAUCAAUUUUUUGAAACAAAACAAAAAUAUCAUUGAAUCUUCCGGUGAUAUACGUAUAGUGACAAAGAUAACAACUGAAUGGAAAAAACACACUUAUACUUUAUAUUCCAGAUUUUCCUUAUAGUUUAUGUAAUUACGGAUGUAAAUAACGCAAUAAUUUUAUCUAAGGUUAGUUCUACGUAAUAAUAAACUGUGAUUAAUUACUUAACUGUCUUGUCAAAAAUUGUGUCAAUUAUGUAGCUCAUUCGUGUUACAAACACGACAAUUUAGUUAUUUGAAUGUAAUUUUUGUGAUGAUAAAAAAAAUUGGUUGUCUGUGAAGUCGGUUUACGGAAGAUAGUUUUAUGCGAUAGCGUCAUAAAGAAACACUGAUGAAAAAUUGGAAACUUUAAUCAAGUGCACGCUCAGGCUCAGGCGGAACAUGACGAUUUUUUGUGCGUGCAGUCGGAUUCGAGUAAAAUUAAUCGCACAUGAAAAAAAUAUCAGUUACAACUCUAAGUCAGACUGACGUAGCAACAGUAUGCGAUUAAAAGGAAAGCAAAAUUUCAAGUAAUCAUUUUACCUAUAUGACGUCCUUUCCUUGUCCUUGACGUCAAAUCCCUACUAAACUAGAACCAUGUCGUAGAAAUAUAAUGAAGAGUUAAUUUGACAUAGUUCUCAUUUUAUUCACUAUAUCAUGUAUAUGUAUGUUUGGAAUAGUUUUGAGAUAUGAUAGGUGAAAAAUUGUCUUCCAAAAAUUACGCAAUAUUAUUAUGACUUUUGAUUAAAUCGCUUUUCGAUUAUCGAAUGAAAAAAAUAAAAGAUAUUUCAAUUUUUAAUUUAUAAUACUUUGACACGUGGUACAAGACAUAUUGUCACAUUAUUUACUUUUUUUAUUAUUAGACUUCCUUUUAAGAUUCUGCUACUUGUAAAAUACUCUAUAUUUAUCUUUUUAUACUAUACAUAAUGUACUUCUGUCAGUAUGUGGUAUACAAAUGUUAUCGUAGUAAUAAAAGUAUUGACUGGGUUCAAAUAAAAUGUUAUAUACCUUC